AUGGAAGCACUACUGACAGCCACAGAGGAGUUCCUUGCCAACCUUGGUGCAGCCACCGCCUCCCAGGAAAACAUCACCACAUAUGUCAUGGAGGUGUGUGGCACAGAGUCAAGAACAAAGGAGCAUCCAGGUGUCUGUAUGUGUAAAACCUGCAGGCCUGAUGACAUUACCACACCUGAGUAUGGCAGAGUGGAAACACCAGUGAACUUUUCAUCACCAAAGUACGGCUGUAUAUGUACACGUUUACCAGGAAUGUUUCGUAUUAGAGCAUAUCGCUAUGUCCAAGUUGUAGUAUAUGCAAUCAAUGAAAUCAACAGUAGUCAGAAAUUCUUACCAAAUAUGACACUUGGCUUCAGCCUGUACGAUGGUUGCUUUUCUGAAAUCAGAGCACUGGAGAACACACUUCGCCUACUGUCAGGACGUCAGCAGGCUGUUCCUAACUAUAGCUGUCAGUUAGGUUCAUUAAUACCUGGAUUUGUUGGAGAUGAGCCAGGACAGUCUGCUCAACCCAUGGCUAAACUCCUAGGAAUUUAUAGGUAUCCACAGAUAAGCUUUGGUUCUGGUCUUGCUAUAUUUAGUGAUAAGAUCCUGUUUCCUUCUUUCUUCCGUACUAUUGCCCCAGACAUAAAUCUGGCUCGUGGCAUGGCUAAAAUGAUGCUUCAUUUUGGGUGGAACUGGGUAGGACUCAUUGGUGCCGAUUAUGACAACAAUCAAGAGUAUGUCAUGGGUUUAAAGAGUGAAAUUUUGAAAACUGGUGCCUGUAUUGAAUUUCUUGAAGUACUUCCCAUAGAAAAUGUCCAUAUUAAAGUCCUGCAAAUUAUUGAAACAAUCAGGAAAUCAACAACACAAGUCAUUAUAAACUAUGCAUCUGUACAGUAUGCAAUUCCUGUCAUAGAGGAAGCUGCAAACCAAAACAUUACUGGAAAAGCUUGGAUUACACCCCAUUAUUACUCAAUUUCUCCAGAUUUGUCAAGAAAGGUUAAAUAUGCUCUCAAUGGUUCGGUGGGAUUUGCAAUUCACAGAGGAGCAAUUCCAGGAUUCAAGGAAUUCCUUUAUAAUAUUCAUCCUACUAGAGUUCCUGAUGAUCCUUUUGUGAAAAUUUUUUGGGAAGAAGCAUUUUUUUGCAAGUGGCAAGACAAUGAAAAUUUACAGUCAUCGUCAGCCAAGGCAAGGAGUGAUGUACCUCCAUGUACAGGAGAGGAGAAACUGGAGACACUGGAUACAACAGUGUUUGAUGUGAAUAGUUUCAGAUUUACCUAUGGUGUUUAUAAUGCUGUAUACUCAUUGGCACAUGCUUUAUAUAAUCUGCAGAAAUGCAAACAGAGUGAAGGGCCAUUUAACAAUGGCAGCUGUGCCAGCCUCAGGAACUUCCAGCCAUGGCAGGUUCUGCACUACAUGAAAUCUACCCGAUUUGUUAAUACUGCUGGAGAAGAGAUAUUUUAUGAUAAAUAUGGUGACCCACCUGCACUUUAUGAUAUUCAGAACUGGCAGGUCCUCCCUGAUGGUUCUGGAAGGUAUGUCAAGAUUGGUGCUUAUAACUCCACAGCAGUCCCUGGUCAAGAACUUGUCAUCAAUUCCAGUGACAUCCGAUGGAGCAAAGACUUUCCAGUGCUUCUUAAAAGAACUACCCCACCUGCUUCAUCUUCAAUGUACAAGGGGACGAGCAACAACAAGAAAGAACAAAAUCGGCAUAGCAGUGACUUUGAUGAUAAAUUUCAGCAGAAAACUGCACCUGGGUGGGCUUGCAAUGUGCAGGCUCAUGCUGGGCGCCUGGCCAGGAUGUGCCAUGAAUGUGAUGCCAAAGAAUGUUUAAGAUGUCCAGAAGAUUACUGGCCCAAUGAGAAGCACACUCAGUGUAGGCCCAAAGUUGUGGACUUUCUCUCUUAUGAAGAACCUUUAGGAAUUUCCUUGGCUUUUUUUGCAAUUUACCUUUCAGCGGUUAGCGCUUCCAUUUUGGGGCUGUUUGUUAAGAACCGAGAAACUCCAAUUGUAAAAGCCAACAAUCGUGAAAUCAGCUACCUUCUCCUGCUAUCACUCUGCUUCUGUUUCCUGUCUUCUCUCAUAUUCAUUGGAGAGCCCAAGAAGAUGAGCUGUUUGCUGCGGCAGAUUGGAUUUGGCAUCAUAUUUUCUAUAUGUGUAUCCUCCAUUUUGGCAAAGACCAUUAUUGUUGUCAUUGCUUUCAAAGCUACUGUGCCCAACAGCAAACUAAGAAAAUGGGUUGGACUGAAAACACCACUCAUGGUUAUACUUUUCUGCUUUCUAAUCCAAGUCAUUAUAUGCUGUGUUUGGAUAGCUAAUACUCCAUCUUUCCCAGAGAGAAAUAUGAACUCACACGAUGGAAAGAUAAUUCUUCAGUGUAAUGAAGGUUCCAUUGCUGUUUUUUAUUGCAUGCUGGGAUAUCUUUUUUUCCUAGCAUCUGUGAGUUUCAUUGUUGCUUUCCUUGUUAGGAAUCUGCCAGACAGCUUUAAUGAGGCCAUGUUUAUUACUUUCAGCAUGCUAGUGUUCACAAGUGUUUGGGUAUCUUUCAUUCCAGCUUACCUUAGUUCAACAGGAAAGUACAUGGUUGCAGUAGAGAUAUUUGCUAUUCUGGCUUCAAGUGCUGGGCUACUAGUAUGCAUAUUUUUCCCAAAGUGCUACAUAAUUUUGUUCAGGCCAAAUCUGAAUACCAGAGGAAGUAUUGUAGGAAAAGGAAAUACAGGCUACAAAAAAUAA